AUGAACUACAAUUUCAAAUCCAUAAAAACAAUUCCAGCUUCAAAAGAUUUCAUAAAUAUAAUCUUAUCAAAAACCCAAAGAAAGACCCCUACAGUAGUACAUCCAGGUUACGCUAUCGGUCGUAUCCGAGGUUUCUAUAUGCGUAAAAUAAAAUUCACUUAAGAAUCAGUUCACGAUAAAUUCAACGACAUUCUAACUGGUUUUCCAAAAUUAGAUGAUAUUCAUCCUUUUUUUUCUGAUUUAAUAAAUGUCUUAUAUGACAAAGAUCACUAUAAACUAGCUUUAGGUCAUAUUCAUUCAUGUAUGAAUUUAGUCGAUAAUGUAUGCAAAGAUUAUGUUAGAUUAAUUAAAUAUGCAGAUUCUUUAUAUAGAUGUAAAUAAUUAAAAAAAGCUUGCUUUGGAAGAAUUUGCACGAUUAUAAAGAAACUUAAUAGCAGUUUAAAUUACUUAGAGGAAGUUCGUAAACAUUUAGCAAGACUUCCUUCUAUAAAUCCAUUUGAAAGAACAAUCCUAAUUACUGGUUAUCCUAAUGUUGGUAAAAGUAGUUUUAUAAACAGUAUUACAUCAGCAAAUGUAGAAGUUUAAAGUUAUCCAUUUACAACUUAGUCUUUAUAUGUUGGACAUACAGACUAUGAAAAAGUGAGAUGGCAAGUAAUCGACUCUCCUGGUAUCCUCGAUCAUUCAUUAGAAUAAAGAAACACUAUCGAAAUGUAAAGUAUAACAGCUUUAGCCCAUUUAAAGGCCUGUAUUUUAUUUAUUAUUGAUAUUUCUGAAUAAUGUGGCUACUCAAUCCAAUAAUAAGUUAAACUCUUUGACUCUAUCAAACCCUUAUUCAAGAAUAAGCCUCUGUGCAUAGUCUUAUCGAAAAUUGACUUAAAGACCUUCAACAAUCUGUCUAUUGAAGAUCAAAAUUUAAUAAAUGAUCUGGUGGAAAAAAACAACGCUCAACUAGUUUCUAUGUCUUGCAAAACUGGCGAAAACAUCCAAGAAGUAAAAACUACAGCCUGUGAAACUCUCCUUAAAUUCCGAGAUGGUCAAAAAAUAGAAAGUAUAGCUGGAGGAAACCUAAAUAUUAAACGAGAAGAAUAAUUCCUAAGAGGCUUAUAUAUUGCAAAUCCUUCAAAAAUCAGAAAUUCUUCAACAUUAAGAACGCCAGUGAUCCCCUAAUCGGUACUAUAGGGACUUAAAUACGAAAAACCGACUUUAAAAGACAUUCAAGAAGAACACGGAGGAGCCGGAGUGUUCAAUUUUCCUUUAUAGGAACACUUUAAAUUGGCUAAAGAUGAAUGGAAAUAUGAUGUUGUACCGGAAAUUAUGGAAGGGAAAAAUAUAGCUGAUUUCGUAGACCCGGAUAUACUAGAAAAACUUGAGGAGUUAGAAAAGGAAGAAAAUAUGUUGGAAUAAGCAAGACUUUUAAAUGAGGAAAUUAAUGAUGAAGAGGAAAAUAUUGAUGAUGAAGUUUUAGAUGCUCAUAAAUAAAUAGUAUCUAAAAAAACUAUAUUGAAGUUAUAACAUAAAUUAAAUAGACAUAAAACUGCUCAUCUAUAAAAAAAUAAUACACUCGAAAAUUUAAAGUAAAAAUUGUCCUAAAAAGGAAUUAAUAGUAAAAAUGUUGAAGAAAGAGUUAAUAAAAAAAGAAAAGCUAGAAGACUAACAGAUUAAAUGAUCAAUGAAGACAAUGAUGAAGAUUUAAUGUAAGAUGAAAAUGAUCAUAAUAAAUUAGUAAAAAGUGUAAAAAAUAAAAAAAAAAGUCUUUCUAGAUCUAGAUCUAAAGGAGUAGACCCUAAUCCUAUAAAUACUACAGAAGAAAAGGCUAUGUAAAGGUUAAAACAUAAAAUAGACAAAUAAUGGAAUGGAAGAGCAGGAGAAGCAGAUAGAAGUGUAAUUAUUAAAACUCCAAAACAUUUAUUUUCUGGAAAAAGAAAAUAAAAAACAGAUUAUAGAUGA